AGGAAAGAGCCUUUCAACGGGGACAGAAGGGAAUGAGUCUCCGUUUCAAUGGAAUAAAAACUGCGCAAUUUCUUUAAGGACUGCCUGCUCGGAUCGCAGUGGACCAUUCCUCUCUAUGAAAUGGAUAUCAGUUGUGUUUUUGGAUGAUUGAGGUAUCCGUGCCCAUUGCAACCCGUGCUGCCUUUCAGGCUACAGAAGCUGGCGAUUUUUUACCAGAUGGUCUUCAGAGAGGGAAAAAGAGCUGUACAGUCGUUUGGAAAGGCGAUAUGACUGUGCAGAGAUGCAAGACCAGUGAUGAGUCUAUCCGUCAUGUCUUGCCCAUGGGCGAACACAUCCACAUUUUCUCAGCCUGGGCUAUGGUCUAUCUGCGUAUACAGAGCUCCCCGUGUCGACGUUUGCAUCUAAACGCAUUAUGGAUGUUGAAUGGGGUUUCAUGUUUUUUGGGAGAGGGAUUUUAGGGGGCUGCGUCAUCCGUGGCUGGGAAAGGAGAUGGACUGCUUUGCAGAUUUUCCACUAUUACACUGUUUUAACAGCAAGAGUCAGCACGCCACCUCCCUAACAGAUUUUGGAUUGCACAUAAAAGAGAAGGAGUGAGGAACAUGGGCAAGCAUUGUCGUGCUGUGUAUGAAGAACCACCGUUGCCAGACUGAAGCCAUAGGUCAAAUGUCUGACUAGGUGUCUGACCAACUCUAAGGAAGAAUGGGCAAAACGUAAAAUGAAAAUCACAGCCAGUCGAGAUGGACUACACAGAAACUGCUGUUGCCAUUAGUGAGUGAUGGGGAUCCAUCUGCAUUUGGUCGCAAGCACCCACCUGCUCAGGUACAGGCGAUAUCUGGCCCACCCAGUUACAGUCAGUACACACCCUGAGUGUGCACAGCAGUGGCAGGAGGUGGGAGGUGUCAUGGUGGCCUGCUGAGAGAGACGGACUACAUUACCCAUGAUCACCAGGGUUGAGGAGACCCCAGAGAGAUGAUUGACAGCCAAAGCUGAGACUUAACACAACUGUGAAUCAAUAACUAGGUGCUACUCUAAAAGCCAAUAGGCUUUUGGGUUCUUGGUGCUGAAGACAGAAGAGUCCGACAGUACAGAUAUUCUCAGUGUUGGAGUGAGGCCCUCUCUGUGCUGCAGUGGAGGGCUUCACAGACAUAGCUAGUCUGGCUGGAUGCAUCACGCAGUAGAGCAGUUUGGUGGGCGUGGCACACGGGAUUCCUUCCCUCUGGACGGACUCAACCGGGGACCAUGGGCUCCCGUGGGCGGCCGCGCCUGGCAGCCACCUGCCAGGUGUUCGCCUGGAAUGAAUCAACACCAGCUCCUUCCCCAUCUACCUCCUGGUCCUAUGGGUGGACUGAACCAUCCCAGUAAAUUCUUCAGUAAUGGGCCCAUGAGAGGAGGUGAGAAGCUUGAGCUCCCACAACCAAUAUUACCAGGCCUGCAGAGGGAGCAGCAGAGACCUCCUCCUCCUCAUCUUCAUCCUCCGCCUCCUCACAGAGCGUGGGAGCAACUAGGCCAGCUGUAUGAAUCCCACCUCCCUCCUCAAGGACAUCCUGUUGUGCCCCUGCCCAAUGAGCACGCACUCCGACUCCAUAAUGGAAGCUACGCUGGCAGUGGCGGACCUCCCCCUAACCCACAUCUUCCCCACAGCAGGCCCAACCCACUGCUGAAGUUUGGGGGUCCUCAGGAGCAGCAUGUUCCCAGGGGUUCAUCAUUGCUGGGAGAUGAGGUGUGGGCUCAGGUGCACCAGCAGAGAGGCUACCCCGGGAAGAUGCUAGGGGGUCAGCUGAAGAGACCGGGCCCUCCAUUGGGAGAGCAUUCUGUUAUCCAGCACACUCCUCCGCCAUCCCUGCACCCGUCAUCCCGCCUUCCUGUAGCCGAGGACUGUCCCAGCCCCAGCAAGAGGAAAAAGAGUUCGGAUCAGGUAUCCCAUCCUGGGCUGCAGCGUUUCUCUGGUCCUGGUCAGUCUUUAUUGUCUCAGCAGCAAUCGUCAGUCCACCACCACCCUCCAAAACCUGCCUUCUGGAACCCCCUUCAUAAGGAAAGCACUCCCUGGCAGCCCCACAUUUCUGACCGCAAGAACCCACCAUCGCAAGAGUUCCAGGACACCAACAAACAAGGAAUGGGCAGCUACACCCAAAAGUCCUCUCCUGCCUCUUCCACCCCUUCAAACCUCUCCCCUCCACAAAACUCCUCUCCGGGAAGCUACAACCAGGGAUGUGCUCCUCAGCUCCAGAAAGACACGUUCCAACCUCAGGCUGUAAACCAUCAGUCUCCUCACUCCUCCUACCCCAGUCCCAGCUCCAAACUGGGGCUAGCUCCACCCUACCGGGCCAUGGAGCCUCGUGGUCCUCACAACCAGAGAGGCCCUCUCAUUGGGGGCCAAGGUGGCAGCCACGCUACCUCUUACACGGCAUCUACCCCAACCAGAGGGGACAGAGAUCAACAUCUACAUGCCCAGUCAUCACCAGCAAACCCUCCUGCAACCAGCAAAAACAGCAACAGCAGCAGCAGCAGCAGCAGUGUGCCUUACAGCCACUUCCAGCCUCAUCCAGGGUUGGGGCACCAGGGUCCCCCUCCUCCCCCUCCUCCUCCUCCUCCUGCCAGCAGCACCUCAGUACCUCAGCAACAGCAAAGUGGUCCCCAUGAGGCCUGGAGAUACCAGAGCAGGCCCAGCAGUCACUCCCUGGAGUCGGGCAUCUACAGGCCUCCAGGACUGCUACCUCAGCGCCAGCAGAGCCACAAUCAGGUCGUGGAUAGUCGGGUUCCCUCUCAGCACCACCAUCACAUCAGCCCUCCUUUGCCCGCAACCUCCACCCGAACACCUGUAAUUACCCCCAAUGUUCCCAUGUCCCAGGCCUCCAGCUCUAUCAGCAGCUAUAGCAACAGUAGCAGCUCUAGAGGUGUAACUCUGGCUGGUGUCUCCAAGGUGACCACAUCCCCCCCUGCUGGCUGCUCUGUGAACAAUGGCAGCAGUAACAACAGUUGGCAAAGAGGACGAGAGCCAGUAACCCAAACCUCCACCAGUGCCGUCAUUAGCCCCACCUCUCAGCUGGGUGCUCUGCUACAACCAGGUUGUCAGAGAGGUCAAGCUCCCACUGCCAACCAGCCUCACCAACAGGGGCUGCUCAGACCACAGCAACAGGGACCCACCAAGUCCCAGCCCAUGAAGGAGAAGACAUCGUAUUAUCCUAAGGCUGGACUGGAGCAACAUCCUGCAUUUUCCUCAUCAUCAUCUUUGUUCUCCUCAGGGCACCAGAGAGCAGGAGACAGUGUAAUAACAAGCAGAGUCUCAAAUAACCUUCCUCGCUCUCCUACUACAUACUGCCCAGCUCCUCACUCCACUGUCAACUCUGCCCCUCAGCCAUCCAAUCCAACCCUCUCCUCCAGACUGGGUCCUCAGCCAGACUCUGCGUUAACACGAGGGUACUCUCGGUCCCAGAUUCGUCCGCCAGUUCCAACCUCUGUCCCCCAGUCCAUCGAGGAGGCUCUAGACAAGCUUGAUGCUGAACUAGAGGGACACAUGCAAGCUGAGGAAAGGAGGAAGAGGGACAGAGAGGAGCAAGAGAGAAAAAUAAGAGAAGAGGAGAGGCGAAAGAAAGAAUGGGAAAUGAGACAAAAGCAGGACGAGGAAAGGAAGCGGAAAGAACUGGAAAAGAAGAAGGAGGAGGAGAGGAGAAAGAGAGAACUAGAGCGAGAGGAGGAGAGGAGAAGGAGAGAAUGGGAGAGGCAGGAGCAAGAGAGAAAGAGGAAGCAAGAAGAGGAGAGGAGGAGAAGAGAAGCGGAGAGGCUAGAGGAGGAGAGGAAAAAGAGAGAAUGGGAGAGACAAGAAGAGGAGAGGAAAAAGAGAGAAUGGGAGAAAAAGGAGCGGGAAAGGAAGAGGAGAGAGCGGGAGAGGCAAGAGGAGGAAAAGAAGAGGAGAGAAGCAGAGAGGGAGGAGCAGGAGAGGAAGAAAAGAGAACUGGAGAGGCAGGAGGAGGAAAAGAAGAAACAAAGAGAGCUGGAGAGAAAAAAGGAGGAGAAAAAGAGGAUGGAGUGGAAGAAGGAGGAGGAAGCGUGUAGUGCAAAAGGCAAAGAACAGACUGCUAUUGAAAAUCUGGAGAGACUGCUCUCCAGCAACUCCUCCAGAACACCCCCACCUCCUCGCCUCUCUUCUAUUACUGCAUCUCCUUCAGGUCCACCGCCCCCCAGUUCCCAGGCUUCACCCCCCUACCCCUGGCUAAGCCGUGGUGGUGUACUCCCCUGUCCACCGGGCCAAACGCCCACCACCACUACUCCUGUAGAAAGGCUGCGGCCGCCUCCUCUUACACCUCAGACUGAGUAUGCCAGAGAAAAGCAGAGGCAGAGGGAGCUGUGGAGCAACAAUGGCGGAACGACAUUCAGUCCCUCAUCAACACACAAUACCUCAGGGAUGAACCAGCCGGUGUACCCCAACAAGCCCCCGGCAAUGCAAGCCGCACCCAACCAAUCCAAAGACUCAACCAGGGAGAGAGACAGCAGCCAACACUCUCUCCCUACUAUGGCACUUAGAGAGCCCCCCAAACUGUAUCAGGCUUUUCCCAGAGAAAACCCUCCACCUUUAUCCUCCACCUCCAGCUCCACAGGGGGAAUUCUCAACAAGCGGUUGACAGGAAGUGGUUUCGAAAAUGCCAGCAGCAGUGGCAGUGACUCAGACAGUGCUCAGUUUGAGGAGGAGCCCUCCGAGUUGUCCACACUCCUCCCUGAUGGUCUGGCUAACAUCAUGGCCAUGCUGGAUGAGUCGAUCAAAAAGGAAGAGGAGAUGUAUAACAAUGAGAAGACUGGGUCCACAGGUCUCCUUGACAACUUCUCUCUUAGUGUCCAGCCUAUCAAGAGCUACCUGUGUGCCCCAGACCUCAUUCCAGCAACGAAGCAUCAGCCCAACCAGGAAGACUUUGGCUCCAAUCCCCAUGCUAGCCCUCCUGUGCUCAGCCGCCAAGGCUCUCUGGCAUCCCCUUGCAGCCGGACAUCCUCUCUCAACGAGGAUGAUGAGGACUACCUUAAACCUUCUCCAAAUGUCUCUAAACACUCAAUGGACAUGGGAGUGGGAGUUGGGAACACCAAUUACCGCCACAGUGACCUGGCUAAACUUUAUGGCCUCCCUGAGCAGACUAAAAGUGAGGCUGAUGAGGACGAUGAUGAGGAGGACUCUGAGACCCCAUCUUGUUCACCACCACCCCAAAGACCUCACCUCCACCAAACAGGUGUAAACAGCAUGUUCAAGUCCCUAGCAACAGUCAUAGAGAGCCAGAAGUAUGCAUACAGAGGUGGGCCUUUUGGGAGACCACCUCCAUCAGCUUUGGUUGGGGUGAAAUAUUCCUCUUCACUGUCACUAGGUCCUGAUAUCUGCCGCCAGCAACAAAGUGGUUCUCCCACAUCAGAUUCAACCAAUCCACCAUUGAGUCCAGCUGUCCCACCUUUUAAGUCCUCUCCUCCUCUGCUGGAAGACAAGAAACUGAAAAUAGAGGAUGCUGACGUCUGGAGAGAUCAUGGAGAAACCACAGAAGAAAUGAUAAACAUGAUCAAAAAGGAGAGUGUUCCUACCAUAAAGCCUAUUAAGGUGGUCAAGGAGGAGCAAAGGUUGAAAACCAUCUCAGACUCUUCUCUGGACGAGUUGGGAAAGAGCUGCGAGGUCCUGCUUGGCCGACAGUCACUUUCUAACAAGAACUCCCUUGAUAAGCCGGACAGUCGUGGCAGACUGGAGGGCAGCCACAAAUCUGAGAAAGUAAAGGAACACAGAGAUAAAGACAAAAACAGAGACAGGGAGAGAGAAAGGGAGAAAGAGAAAAAGAGAAAGCACGGUCACAGCCACAGCCACAGUAGCAGCAGGAACCAUGACGAUAGAAAAGAAAAAAAGAAGCAUAGAGAAAAGAGAGAGGAGAUGGCCUUUUCCUCUUCUUCUUCAUCAUCAUCUUCUUCUUCCACCCAUUCCAGCUCUAGCCACAAGCGGCACAAGGAUGGUAAGAGCCAUAAGGAGAAGAAAGAUCGCAGAAUUCUUGGUGACCUCAACCUCCAGAGCAAAGAGGGGUCGGAGAAGAAUCGGAGUCACUAUGACACGGAUAAAAAGAAACGCAAGGAAGCAUCAGGUGCCAGCUCUACCAGUGAAGGGGAGCAUGCAGAAUGGACCUCAAGGAGUUCUGGAGAAAGAUCUUCUGAGCAUAAAAAAGGCUCUGAAUCUGGUCCAUUAGGUUCCACGGACUUUUUGAAACUGAAGGCACUAUCAGAUGGGCCACCCAAGGAGCUGAAGAUUCGCCUGAUUAAAGUGGAGAGUGGGGACAGGGAGACAUUCAUUGCCUCUGAGGUGGAGGAAAAGAGAAUCCCACUGGAAGAAAUCAGCAUCAAGAACACUGCCAGUGAAAUCAUCAGGUCCUGCAAGGGGGCCAGGGUCAAAGGGAAGUUCAGAGAAUCUUACUUGCUCCCAGCCUUCUCAGUAAAGCCCAUCAUGACUUCAGAGGAACCCAUUCCUAGAGAGAAACUCAACCCUCCUACACCCAGUAUCUAUUUGGAGAGUAAGAGAGAUGCCUUCUCCCCUGUGCUGCUGCAGUUCUGUACAGACCCCAAGAAUCCUGUUACUGUCAUCAGAGGCCUGGCUGGAUCUCUACGACUAAACCUGGGGCUGUUUUCUACCAAGUCACUGGUGGAAGCCAACGCAGAGCAAGCGGUGGAGGUGAGGACUCAGGUGCAGCAGCCUGCUGAUGAGAACUGGGACCCCAGUGGGACAGGUCAGACAUGGCCCUGUGAGAGCAGCCGCUCCCACACCACCAUUGCCAAGUAUGCUCAGUACCAGGCCUCCAGUUUCCAAGAGAGUCUCCAGGAGGAGAAAGGCAGUGAUGAGGAGGAGGAUGAAGAUGAUGAGAAGGAGAAGAAGCCAUCCAACUGUUCUGAUAAUCCCAGCAAGGAAAGCUCUAAAGAAAGCACCAGUGGUGAGCAGAAACCAGUGGGGAAGAUCAUUAAAUUUGGCACAAACAUCGACCUGUCAGAUCCCAAGAGGUGGAAACCCCAGCUUCAAGAGUUGCAGAAGCUGCCGGCUUUUAUGCGUGUAGCAUCCAGUGGAAAUAUGCUUAGCCAUGUUGGACAUACAAUCCUUGGCAUGAACACUGUCCAGCUCUACAUGAAGGUUCCAGGCAGUCGGACACCAGGUCACCAGGAGAACAAUAACUUCUGCUCUGUGAACAUCAACAUUGGUCCUGGAGACUGUGAGUGGUUCUCUGUCCAUGAGAACUACUGGCAUGCCAUCAAUGACUUCUGUGAAAAACAUGGAGUGGACUACCUGACAGGGUCCUGGUGGCCGGUGCUGGAGGACCUCUACAAUGCCAACAUCCCAGUGUACCGCUUCAUCCAGCGGCCUGGUGACCUAGUGUGGAUCAACGCUGGAACUGUUCACUGGGUUCAGGCUGUGGGCUGGUGCAACAACAUUGCCUGGAACGUUGGCCCUCUAAAUGCUUACCAGUACCAGCUGGCCCUGGAGAGGUUUGAGUGGAACGAAGUCAAGAAGGUCAAGUCCAUCGUCCCCAUGAUUCACGUGUCCUGGAAUGUGGCACGCACCGUCAAGGUCACAGACCCAGACACCUACAAGAUGAUCAAACACUGCCUGCUGCAGUCUAUGAAGCACAUCCAGAUCCUGCGAGACCAACUGGUGGCUGACGGCAAGAAGAUUUCCUAUCAGAGUCGGGUCAAAGACGAGCCUGCCUACUACUGCAACGAAUGUGACGUGGAGGUGUUCAAUUUGUUGUUUGUGACAAGUGAGAACAACAACAGGAAGACGUAUGUGGUUCACUGUGAGGACUGCGCACGUCAGCGUAGCCCGAACCUGACCAACGUAGUGGUGCUGGAGCAGUACCGCAUAGAGGAGCUCAUGAACACAUUUGACUCCUUCAACCUGGCCUCCUCCUCCCGGUGACAGAGCUCCCCUCCUGCAUCUCCUCAGCCAUAACCAAAAUUCCUGCAAGCCAGGACAAAAGACACAGAUUCACUUUGGUUUUCAACUUGCCCAUUCAUUAUUUAAGAUCAUUUUUGCUACUACUGCUAAUACUUGCCGAACAGCCAGUUGAAUACGUUUACUCAUCAUUACUGUUUACAAAAAGAAAUACCAAGCCGCCAAUAAAAAAAAUACCAGUUUACUCUCAGAUGGUGCUUUCAAACAGAAACCCUGGCAACAGUGAAGUUGAGAACCAGGGGGCAGUUGGUGCUGCCAUUGAACAAACUGUGGAGGGUAGUUGAUGGCUUAAAUGGCGUGUUUCUGUCAGUACCAGAAAUAACUUUUUUUCUGUUGUUGUUGUCGUCUUGAAUACUGAAAUUUGUACAAGCUGUUUGCAAUUUUGUGGGGUGCUGUCUUUUUUAAAAUAAUUUAUUGUUUUGUUUUUCUAAACUAGAUCAGCCUAGAUAUAUACCACAUUGGCCUUGUAUUUAGAAAAGAGACAAAAUGAAAAAUACUAAUAAUAGAGAUAUGAACAUUUUUCUAAAGCAUUAAGAAUUUUAAAAAAAAUUGUUUGGAAUGCUUCAAAACAUACGGGUUUUAACGACUUUGGUUGUUUUAGGGGGGAUUUCAUUUUUGUUCUUCAGAUUCUUGUAUGUGUUGUAAAUCUUGUUUUUAUCAAUUAUACUUUUAUUUCCUCUGAAUAUUAAUAAUCAGUUGUCACACAUCAUCAGGUCUUUUUUGUUCAUUGCUUCCAUCUCUGUACGAACUAUCUCUUUAAAAAAGAAAGAAAAAAAUCAUUGUCAUCUGGUGUUUGUGUGUUGUACCUCUGAUUGUUUUGUUCCGGUAUGCAGACUUAGUAUUUCCUGGAUUUUUUUUUUGGCAUUGUACAUUUAAUUUAAAAAGUUUCCUCUAUUUAUUGGAUAUCAAUGUUCUCUCUUUUUUUAAUAGGGUUGUACAAGUUUGCGAUUUUUUUAUUUUAUUUUAUUUUUUAUGGUGACCGAUUGCUCUGUAAGAACUGAAAUUUUGGGGUUGUGUGUCCGCGGGAGUGGAGGCUGCUGUUUCUCUGGUGCUUGCCUCCCAUGACUCCUGCAUUUUUCUCCUGAUAUAUAUUAAAUGAUAUCUUUAUCUUGAAUAUAACGCCACCUUUCCUGUAGACGAUAGGCACACUGCUCACGUAGAGAAGAUGACUAAUGGAAUGCUGUGUUUGUAUGCUCAUUAAGGAAAAAACAAAACUACUUUUUCCAAAGUGUUUUGAGAAACGGUAAUUUUUUUUAUUAUGUAGGGGGCUUUUAGACUAAAUUUUAAUGAUUUUAUGAUAUUAUCUGUUGAAUAUGAUAACGGGAUAGAUGGUGCUAAAUGUUCUCUUUGAACAACCUUUUUUCUGUUUGUCUUCUUAAAAUGAGAAUUCUAUUUUUCCUGUUGCAAUAUUACCUUAACCUUUUCCUUCUCUUUGUGGUCAUUUAUUUAUAACUGCACUGUUUAGAGAAUUCACACAGACAUACUUGCAGACACACACACACACCAAACUGAGCCAGACAUGUCUUAAACACUUGUGAAUUUGUGUGACAUUACUAUGACUAUUAAUAAACGCUUUUUGAUAAAUCCAGAA